AUGGGCGCCAGCGACGCAGCGGGCUCCGGGCAGGCCGGCGGGCACUACCCCGGCAUCAUCAAGUUCAUGAAGGCGGACUUCGGCGACGUCGCGCCGCUGCCGCCCCGCAUCCGCGAGCAGGUCGCCGAGUUUCGGCGCCGCAUCCAGAGGGACGAGGGGGCCGCGCACCCGGACGCGAAGUCCGCCGAGUCCGAGAUCCACCGCAUCGAGGCGCGCAUCCGUGCUGCGCGCGAGCGCAAGAGGCUGGAGUUCGAGCGCUGGGUGUCAGGGUUCCACCGUCGGCACAAGCGCACCAGGGGCCGCGGCCAGUUCCGCCGCGGCGACGGCGCGCACCGGGACGCGAGUCGCUCGACGUCGCCCUCCCAGGACGAGAGCGAGCCCUCGCCUUCCUCGGACACCGCCAGGGCGCACGAGGGCCGUCGUCAGAUCGAUGACAAGCUCGACCGCGCCUCUGAGAAGCGGGACCUCAUUCUGGCCACGCGCGUGCAGCGCGCGGCCGCCACCGCGCGCCGCCGCCUCGCCUUCCCCUCGAAGGACCGCAAGUCACUCGACAAGCCCGGCGACGCGACCGCCCCCGCGCAGGGCCGCUCGAGCCUCGACGACCGCUUGGCUAUGGCUACUACGCGACGCAUGCGCGAGCAGCUGCCCCCCGAGCAGCGCGCCGAGGUCGCGCGCGAGCACCGGCUGCUCCGCCGCGCCCAGCGCGCGUGGCGCGAGCUCAAGGCUCGCGGACGCACCACACGCGGCCUCUGCAAGCGCUUCCUGGGGCUGCGGUUGUUGGACAUCGAUGCCGCUGUGGCGGACACGGACGCGCCGGUGGGGUCCAGCCCGAGCUCCCCCGGGCACGCCGACGCUGCGACGCACCGCGCGCGGUCCGUCGCUGCCACCGAAGAGGCCACGACGGACGAUGACGUGGCAUCGCUCGCGUCGUCCAUGGAGCAGCGCCGUUCCUUCGACGAGCUGGCGAGGAAGCUGCGCGGCCCCCAGACGCUCGCGGCGACCACGGCGCUGCUCGCGCGCGUCCAGCAGCGCGCCGCGAUCGUCGUCCCGGCGCUCGGAUCCGACACCGACCCCGUCCAGCGCGCACUGCACGCGCUCGCUCCGCCGCCGAAGCAGCGGCGCCCGGGCGCGCCAGCCCGGCCACCUGCGCCGCAAGCGCGCUACCCCGCGCGCCUGCUCCUGUCCACCUUCAUGAUGAUGGAGCACCCCGAGGUCGUACUGAACGCUGCGCGUGGCAACGACCCGCUCGAGGCCGAGAUGCUCGAGGCCGUCAAGAGCCUGCACUGCGCGCUCGCGAAGCUCCUGCGGCACUACGUCCCCGCGGGGGAGGAACCGGAGGACGCCGGAACGCCCGGGGCCGUUGAGAUCCCGGGGGCCUCUCCGUCGCCGGCCGUGGGCGACCUGGGGCUGAUUGCGCCGAGCAAGCUGCUGUCGCGUUUCCGCAGCUCGCAGCGUGGAACGGAAGACGGCGACGCGGGGGACGCGCCCACGCUGCGCCAGCUGCUGUGCGAGUUUGAUUCCGCGUGGGGGAGGUAUCUGACGUGCUUCGUGGCGUGGAAGCGCGGGGACGCGAAGAAGCUCGUGCACGACAUGGUUCUCAUGGCGUCGGACCUCACGGCCUCGUGCGCGCUGAAGCUCGGUGCCGAUCCGCGCUCGGUGUCGGCCGACGACCUGGCCCGCGCCCCCAUCCCUCCGCCCGCCGACGGCGAGCCCUCUUCGCCGCUCGCGGGCCGAUCCCCCGACGUCGCUGCGAUGAUCUCCGGCUGGAAGGAGGACGUCGACAUGCUCCGUGGCCGCGUCGUCCAGCUCGCCGGCCCCGCGGCAGGGGAGGAGUUCGACCAAGCGGUGUCAGGCGCUGUCGACGCGGGCGUCGCGGAGGCGCAGCGCCGCGCGGAGGCCCGUGCUGCGGCAGAGGCGCGUCGCGCCGCGGAGGAGCGCAACGGCCCGCCGGUGAGCGCGAACGCGGAGAUGAUGUGGCGGAUCUUGCAUGACAGGGGCUUCAAACUUCCGACGGAGGCCGCGGAGGCGGAGUGGGCGGCUGCGGCGGCGGGGGAGCCGAUCGCGGUGCCCGAGGCGACGGAGACGAACAUGCAGGAGCGCGUGCGGCUGUCGGCGAUCCGCGCGUUUUGGGAGAUGGUCAAGGGUGACAUUGUGCUCGGUGUUUCCGGGGACGACGAGGGCACUGCGCGACGCGUGGCGGGGCGCCUGGCGGCGCUGAUUGCGGAGCUCGGGCAGGACGCGACCGAGGUGGCGUCGGGGCAGAACGUCGGCUUCCAGAGCGCGGAAGACCUGAUUCCGGGUCUGUUGACGGCAGCAAAGGGCCGAAUCUCGCUCAACGCGCUGGCUGCGGCGAUCGGCGCGGCGGCGACGUGUCUGCGCAGGCUGAUCUCGCCCGCGCGCGACGCCGAGUACGACGCCGCGCUGCAGCGGAUGCAGGCCACACUGUCGCAGGCGCGUGAGCAGCUCGGGUCGUCGGGCGCGAACGAAGCGGCCGCGCAGGGAGCUGCGUCCGCAACGGUGCAGGCGCUGCGGGCGCUGCGGGCCCAGGUCCAGCUGCUGAAGCUCGACGGCGCGAACGCGCACCUGGGGAUGCUCGCUGCGGCAUCUAGCCUGCAGGAGGGCAGCUCCGGCGGCGCUGCCGUGGUGUACGCGAAGCAGCACUUCGCUGAGCCGCUGUGGAGCGGCGACGACGCGAAGGCCACGGAGCGGACCCGUGCGAUGAUGAAGGCAGGGGUCGGGACGGCCGGCGCGCUGCUCGAGCGUGCUGCGCAGGUCAACGAUGCCCCUCUCAGCCUCGACUCCUUGCCCGAGGUGAAGGCUGAGCCCGUUGGCGUCAUCACAGCGCUGCCGACUGCGCCUGUGGACGACUGGCGGCUCUUUGCGAGGGUGGGCGUCGUUGCACACGUCACCAAAGAACAAAGCGACGCUGCCGUGGUGCCGGAAGUGCUGCGUAUGGACGCGGAAGUGCUUCGCGGCGUCCGCGAGAAGUACGCACGGCUGGAGAGGACGGUCGUCGCGCUGCUCGCCGCGCAGCGGGUCGCCGCGGGACGCCAGGUGGGGGUUGCCGAGGCGGCAGCAGCUCAGUUCAACGUCGCCGACCGCGUCAUGGCGUACCUGUCUGACUCCCCGGACGCCGCCGACGUCGACCUGGCGCGUCUGGUCGUCGCCGUGGCCCCUGGCCAGGCAGCGGCUGGCGUCGACGAGGUCCAGGCGGCUUCGGAUCUGAUGGGACGUCUCCGGUCAGACAGCAUGGUCAGGGCCGUGUCUGACAACGUGCGCGCCGCACUCGCAGCUGUCGUUGCCGCCGGACUCGACCUUUCCGGAGCGUCCCUGCCGGACUCGCUGCGCGAGGUCCCGAUGGAGCUGCGGAGCGGGGUGCGCGGGCCAGGGGUGGGGGGGUCUGCCGCUCAGCCGCGGACGGUCCUGAGCCAGGCCCAGCGGGAGGCGACGCACAAGGCGGUCACGGCAGCGGCGGGCCUGCUGGAGCGCGUGAAGUCGUCCGCGCUGCUGCGGCCCCUGCUGGAGGUGUCGUAUCUGGUGGGCAAGGUGUGUGCGGUGGUCGAGGCGGUGCACGCGGACGGGCUCGCGCGGCUCGUUUCUGAGGUCCGCGACGACGCCGGGAGGGAGUGA